CCUCCGAACUUUUUCCAUUUCUUCUAACUCUUUGUAUGCCUCUGGAUGGUAAGCUUUCAAGUGGUGACGGAGAGAAUUUGUGGGAGCUGUAGCAGCCAAUUUUACCUUAUAACUAUAAUCACAUUUUGUCUGUCGGCAUUUAUAAAUGUUGUCUUCAAAUGUGUAAUAUGGUUCGUAUUUGCUUUUAGGGGCCAUUUGGUAAUAUAUAAAAUCAAUGAAAACUAA